GCUGAACAUACAGUCCAGCCACAAAAAAUGACCACACAGAUUGAAGUGGAAAAGAAGAGAGAGGAGACAAACAGGCAACUCAAGCAACACCUUCAGUCCAUCUUAAAGAAGAGAUGUUUCCUUGUACGUCAAGAGCUAGGAGAUGAAAAACUAACUGACAUCUACACUGAUCUUUGCGUUGUAGAAGGACACUCUGGAGAGGUCAACAGUGCACAUGAAGUGUCAACAAUUCACUUGAAACAAAUUGAGACAAGGACAUUCCCUGGGACCAAGAACACAGUCAAGUUGUCAAACAUAUUCUCUGACCAUUUCUAUGCAGAUGAACCUGUCACAAAGGUCUUGACUUUGGGAAUAGCCGGAGUGGGGAAAAGUGUUGCUGUGCAAAAGUUUGUUUUGGACUGGGCAGAAGACAUAGAGAAUAAAAAAAUAGAGUUGACUUUUGUUCUUCCAUUUCGAGAGCUGAACUUGCACAAAGACGAGGUCCAUAGCCUCUCUGACCUUCUCGUUAAAUUUUACCCAGACCUUGACGAUUUGAAAGAAUCCACUGACUUAAAAGGGGCUACAGUUCUUUUUGUAUUUGAUGGUUUAGAUGAAAGCAGACUUGAGCUAAACUUCAGCAAGCACAUCUGUGACCCAAAAGAAAAAGCAUCUGUUGCCGUGUUAACAACAAGUCUAAUAACCGGUAAACUGGUGCCUUCUGCACUCAUCUGGGUAACAACGAGACCAGCUGCAGCCAACAAGGACCUAUGUGACCUUUUCGACUUGGUUACAGAGAUCCAAGGUUUCAGUGAAGGCAAUAGAGAGGAGUAUUUUAAGAAGGUCAUCCCAGAGAAAGCUGAACAAAUUAUAGCACACAUAAAAUCGAAGAGAAGCCUCUACAUAAUGUGUCACAUCCCAGUGUUCUGUCGGAUCACAGCAGUGGUGCUUGGAGGAAAGGGAAAAGAGAAAAGAGUCUCUGACCAGGAAAUGCCCAAAACGUUGACUGAAAUGUACGCACAAUUCAGUGUCUUUCAGAUCACCAGAAUGAAGAAAUACCAAGAGGAGGAGAUGAGCCCAGAGGAAAAAGGGCAGCUUCUUGUUAAACUUGGGAAACUAGCAUUCAAAUAUCUGGAGGAGGGCACCCUGAUAUUCUAUGAGAGGGAUCUGAAGGAAUGUGACAUUGAUUUAAAUACAGGAGCAUUGCAGGCUGGACUUUGUACACAGAUCUUCAAAAAAGAAAGUGCUGUAAGUGGAAAGAGCAUAUUCAGCUUUGUGCACCUGAGUGUACAGGAAUUUCUGGCAGCUCUUUACUUGCUCCAUACACAUGCAAUUGACAAAGCAAAUCUCUUUAUCAAGACCACUUGGGAGAAGACUAGAUGGAUGGUCAAGAACACAAGGUUCGACCUCUAUAAGAUGUCUUUGGAGAGGGCCUUACUAAGUAAAAAUGGACGAUUGGAUCUUUGUGUGCGCUUCCUUCUUGGACUGGCUCCAAUGUUGGAGCCUGAUGUCUGGUUCCCCCUGAAUGAUGUCCUGCCACAUUUGGGUGUCAGACAACUGAGCAUCAAGAAGACAGUUGAAUACAUUAAGAAAAAGAUCAGCAAAAACAUCCCACCAGAACGGAUGAUCAACCUUUUCCACUGUCUGAAUGAACUUGGAGAUGAUUCACUGGUUGAGGAAAUCAACAGAUACAUGAGCUCAGCAGACGAGGAGAAGAAACUGACUCCAACCCAGUGUUCAGCUCUGGCGUACCUGCUGCUGAUGUCAGCUGAAGAGCUGGAGGAGUUUGAUCUGAAGAAAUACCUGAGAUCAGAGGAAGGGCUCCACAGAAUGCUCCCUGUAGUCAGUGUCUCUAGGAGGGUCUGGCUAAAUCAAUGUCGCCUCUCUAAAGCAAGCUGUAAAAUGACGGCAUCAGUGCUGCAGAGGACACCUUCCCAUCUGAGAGAACUGGACAUGAGUGACAAUGACCUGCAGGAUGAAGGAGUGGAGCUGCUCUGUGUAGGACUAAGAGAUCCACAGUGCAAGCUGGAGACACUGAGAUUGUCUCAUUGUCUGAUCACACAGAAGGGCUGUUCUUUCUUGUCCUCUGCCCUCAAAUCAAACCCCUCUUACCUCAAACAACUGGAUCUGAGCUACAAUUACCCAGGAGACUCAGGUGUCAGAGAGCUCACAGACAGACUGAAAGAUCCCAGCUGUAAACUAGAGACUUUCAGGUAUGACUAUGGAGGAGAAUUCAGGAUUAAACCAGGAAUAAAAUAUGCCUGUGAGCUCACACUGGACCCAAACACAGCACACAGACUUCUCUCUCUCUCUGAGGGGAACAGAAAGGUGACGCGUGUGAGUGAGGAGCAGCCGUAUCCUGACCACCCAGAGAGAUUUGACUCCAUCAUUCAUGUGCUGUGUAGAGAGGGUCUGACUGGACGCUGCUACUGGGAGGCUGAGUGCAGUUUUGAUGAGAUUUUUAUAGCAGUGGCCUAUAAGAGCACCCCGAGGACAGAUGAGAGUGGGCAGAUGAGCUUGCUUGGAUGGAACGCCAAGUCCUGGAGUCUGAGGAUCGAUUGUACCAGGUACUCUGCCUGGCACAAUAGUAGGGAGAUUGUCAUACCUACCCCCUCCUCCCUCUCCAACAGAGUAGGAGUGUACCUGGACUGGCCAGCAGGCACUCUGUCCUUCUACAGCGUCUCCUCUAACACACUCACCCACCUGCACACGUUCCACUCCACAUUCACUGAGCCCCUCUAUCCUGGGUUUUUUGUUUGGAAUCACUCCUCAGUGUCCCUGUGCCAGAUCACAUGACCUCCUAAUCCUGCAGCAGAGGAGAGCCACACACUCCUGUUUACAACUCCUGUUUACACACUCCUGUAUGUGUUCUCUCUACUUGUGUGUGCGUAUGUGGUGUGUUUGUGUGUGUGUGUAUAUUUCAGUUCAAGAUUAUCUCUCAUUCUGUUGUCCCUCCUCUCUGUAUUAGCUGUUUCCUCUGUCUAUGUGCGUGUGUGUGCAUCUCUGUGCGUGUUUGCAUCUGUGUGUUUGUGUGUGUGUGUGUGUGAGAGAGAGAGUGUGUGUGUGUGUGUGUGUGUGUGUUGGCUGGGAGUAUUAAGAGUUUAGUUUGUUGCUGCAGAGACAUUUCC